AUGGAACUGACCCCGCAGGAUCGUCUCUAUGACGCAGUCACGGCCAUCAACGAUGUGGCAAACGAUCUCCAGCGUCGGCUUCAGACCGUGGAGUGCUCGGAGAACGUGGAUCUCUCGGACCCCCACAACAUCGCGCAGAUUGUGCAGGGAGUCGGUUUCAUGACUCUCGCGAUGUGGCUGAUCUUCGCCAACAACUCGAAGGUGGCUGUGGCGCAGAAAGCCCCGUUGGAGCAGCGGCACCAGAUCUGCGCGACCAUCAGCACCGCGGUCGCACUCUUCUCCGGCUUCUUCAACAUCCUCCAGCUCACGGCGAUCGAUGAUUUCGAUUUGCCCGGCCGUCAAAACAACUUCACGCUGAACUUGUCCCGUCCUGUGGAGUGGAUCCUGACCUGUCCCAUCAUGCAGUUGAAGUUGGUCGUGCUGGCAGGGGCACGAGUGCCAAGCUACCGCCGCUUCAUGAUGCCACUGAUUUGUGUCUCGGUCCUCCUGUGCGGGACGGCCUCGAUGUUCACGGGAGACGCGCUGCGCUACGCUUGGUACGUCUUUGGGUUGAUGCUGGCACUCAUCAUGUUCUACCACAAUGCCUUGCAGAUCAAAGAGAACAGCGAAGGGGAAGAGUCCCUUUUCAGUGGCGACUCAGACUUCCGCAAGCUCUCCAUCUUGCUCAUCGUCACCUGGUUCCCUUUCCCCAUCUGGUUCAGCUUGAGUGUGGAGGGCUUCGGGCUCAUCACUGACGGCUUCAUCAUCGAGAUGGGCUGGGUUGUCCUGAACAUCGUGUCGAAGUUCACGUACAUCAUCUGGAUGCAGCGCAUGAAGAUGGUGCACCAGCGCAAGAUCGAGGCGGCGCGCGAGCUCUACGGCCUCUCACCCUCCGACGAGAUCAACGAGGAAGACCUGAAGAAGCAGGCCUUAACCAACGGAGUUCAGAAUGGAGGGGUCUCGGCGGAAGCCUACGGCUUGGGUGUGGGUGAGGAGGCAGACAGCGAGAACAAGCUUGUUGAGCUGGUUGCAGAGACCAUGGUGACGCUUGGGAUGAGCGCGCACACCGACCGGCUCUUGAAGUUGAUGGUCGAGAACGGUGUGACGAACACCGCAGUCCUGGAACGACUGAAUGCGGAGCGCUGUAUGGAGCUGAAUCUGCCCUUCGCCCUCAUCGAUGCGGCGCAGCGCCGUUGGACGGCCGAGAAGAUGAACAUGGGCCAGGACAAGGGCGGCAACGUGGAGAAGGAGGACCCUUUCAAGAAGCUCUUGGAGGCCAACAAGGAGCGCGUGAACGUCAAGAAUUUGGGGAACUCCCUGCCCGGCAUGUUCUCCGGCAUGAACACGCCGCCCGUGGCGGGAAUGGGGGGCAUGGGCAUGAUGGACCCUGGAGCCCUAGAGGAGCAGAUGAUGUCGGUGAUGAAUCGAGUGAUGGUACCCUUCCAGGACAUGGUCAUGGGUCGGCUCCAGUCUAUGGAGGAGAACAUGCAGCGUCAGCUGGAAUCGACGCAAGAGGCCAUCUCACAACGCAUGGACUUCUCCCAGGUCUCGCUGCUGCAGACUGUCAACGCCUGCCAGGUCCUGCUUCACAAGCUUGACUCAUCUCAGGAGACCGUGAUGCAGAAGAUGGACACGCAGAAGUCCAUCGUGGACCGCAUGGUGGAAUCCUACUCCGGCCUUGUGGACAACAUCGACAGCGCCAGCGACAACACCAAGAGCGCCUUGCUGGACACCGUGAACACGUCCUCCCAAGCCAUGCUCAAGAAGUUGGACUCCACACAGCAGGACCUCUUGAAGCAGACCCACGAGUCGCAUGCCGUCCUCCAGGGCGUGGCUCAGACGCAGACAAGCUUGGCAAAGAAGGUGGACUCAGGAAAUGAGUUCACGCAGCGCCGCCUUGUGGAGAUGGAGAACUGCAUUGGCAAGAAGGUGUCGGAGGUCGGCGACUCACUGACUCGCUCGCAGACCGUGAGCUCGGACAAGGUCCUUGACUCCCUGCGCAACGACUUGGCCACCCUCGCUGAGCAGGGCAACGCCAUGGUGGAUGCCACGGAAAAGUCGGCGAGCGUGCAGGAGGAGCGCAUGUCAGAUGUCCGCCGCCAGAACAUGAUGAUCCUGGAUCUGCUGACUCAAGCCCAGGAGACCAUGCACACGAGUGCGGAGUCCCUCCAGAGCUUCACGCGCUCGGAGAUCAUGCGCGACUCCGCAGCGAACAUGGAGAUGCAAAUCCGCGAGGUCAUCUUGGGGCAGAUGAGCAAGAUCCAAGAAGCCUUCCUGGGUGAUGGGGGUGAGGGAGGCUCCUUCAAGGAUGCUGUCUACAACAUGGUGGCAAAGUUGGAGGAGAGCGCUUUGCGCAUGGAGGCUGCCACAAGCACAAGCUCCGGGGGCCAGGACCAGGGGGAACUCACGGAGAACAUUCGUCAGGAGCUAGCUGCCUUGGCCAUGGCUCUCUCGCAGCAACAGCGUGAGAACUCGCAAGAGAGCUUGGCGCAAGUGAGCGAGGCCCUCCGACAAGAGCUGCUGCCGCUCAAGGACAGCCAGACGCACGUCUCCGGUGCCUUGGACGCAAAGGUCUCCGAGAUCCAGAACUCAAUGACUGAGAACAUGAUCCGCUUCGAGGAGGGUAUCGACAAAGUGCUGCAGACAGUGGAGGCUUCUACGACAAGUGCGGGGAAGCCCUCUAGCGCCGAGAAGCGGGGCGCGCGUGCGGCCGACCGUGGCUGA